UCCUCUCUCCCGCCUCCACCACAAGUGAAACUGUGAAAGAAGCCAAAGCCAAAGCCAAGCCAGGCCAAACAACACAAAAAGACCAAAUACUUGAAGCUCCAAAAAUGGCAGAGCAGAACUACAUAGACAAAGACUCAGUCGAUUCCAGAAGUGGCUUCUGUCCAAAAACCAAAAUCUUCCAUAGCCUCAGACCUGAAGUCCCGCUUCCUCCACUAACCGCCUCCAUUUCCGUCACUCAAUUCGCUUUCUCUCUCCUCCACUCUUUUCCUCCGUCACCAACCUCACCUGCUCUUAUCGAUGCUAUCACACGCCGCCGCAUUUCCUUCUCUGAGUUCGUCCUUAGUACUAAAACUUUAUCUUCAUCUCUCCACCAUAGUCAUAGACUUAAUAAAGGAGAUGUCGUUUUUAUUCUCUCUCCUAACUCGGUCGACAUUCCGAUCCUCUGCUUCUCUCUCUUUUCUCUCGGCGUUAUAGUUUCUACUGGAAAUCCGGCCAGCUCGAAGUCGGAGAUUCUCCACCAAAUUCAACUCUCGAAACCUGUAAUCGCGUUUGCCACUUCAGAUUCUGCUCAUAAAAUCCCCAAUAUCAAAACAAUCAUCAUUGACUCGCCCGAGUUUGACUCUCUAAUGGAGAGUUCAAGUCACGAUACUAGAGAAUUUGAAGGAGUUAAGGUUUAUCAAUCGGAUACUGCAGCGAUUCUUUACUCUUCCGGCACUACAGGGAGAGUCAAAGGAGUGAUGUUGACUCAUCGGAAUUUCACAUCUGUGGUAGCUGCAGGUCACGCAGUUCGCACGGUGAGAAAAACACCUGCAGUUAGCUUUUGUGCGGUGCCAUAUUUUCAUGCGUAUGGCUUAUCGUACUUCACGAGAGCAUUGGCAAUGGGCGAAACGGUGGUGUCAAUGAGAAGGUUUGCUAUGAAGACAAUGUUGACAGCAAUACAGGACUUUAGGAUCACUCACAUGGCGCUGGCUCCCCCGAUAGUUGUGGCAAUGGUUAAGGACCGAGAAGUGGUAGACGGCUAUGAUUUGAGCUCUCUUGAAGUUGUAGGCUGCGGCGGAGCUCCGCUUAGGAAGAGCGUCGUUGAGCUUUUCAGACAACGGUUUCCGAACGUGAUUCUCGGCCAGGCAUAUGGGUUAACUGAAUCAACAGCUCGAGUGUUUGGAACAGUAGGCCCUGAAGAAGGACAAGUGAUAGGAGCAACAGGAAAGCUUAUGCCUAAUUGUCAAGCAAAGAUUGUUGAUCCUGAUACUGGCAUUUCUCUGCCUCCUGGCUCUUCUGGUGAGCUCUGGCUUAGAGGACCAACCAUUAUGAAAGGUUAUGUUGGUGAUGAAGAAGCAACUGCGGCAACUUUGGAUUCUGAAGGAUGGUUGAGAACUGGAGAUCUUUGUUAUAUUGACAAUGAAGGCUUCCUUUUUUUUGUGGAUCGUAUUAAGGAAUUAAUUAAGUACAAAGGCUAUCAGGUUGCUCCAGCAGAACUCGAGCACCUGCUUCAAUCCCAUCCAGAUAUUGCGGAGGCAUCGGUAAUUCCGUAUCCUAAUGAGGAAGCAGGCCAGGUUCCUGUGGCCUUUGUGGUACGACAACAUGGAAGAAGGAUUAAUGAAUCACAAAUUAAGGAUUUUAUUGCUCAACAGGUUGCACCAUACAAGAGAAUACGAAGAGUAAUCUUCGUUGAUUCAUUACCAAAGAAUGCUCCUGGUAAGGUACUCAGGAAAGAGUUAAUCAAACUUGCACUAUCAAGUGCUAACUCAAAGUUGUAAAUUCCUCCUAUAUUUCAAUAGAUCUUCAAAUCUAUUAGAAUAUAGUGUAGAUUUGAAUACAGACUUGAUGCUUAUAACUACAUGAGAGAUGUAGUGGACAAGGUUCAAUUAUAAAAUUUUCUUACUUAAUAUGAAAGUUUUGGGGAAA